AUGAUGGACGAGGAAGGUGAGCAGUUUGUUACGUAUUUCUUACCAUCCUCGGAAACCUUGGAAAAGCGUAUAAGAGAUACCGAAGAAGGACUUGAAUACGAUCCCACUUAUGAGUACGAAUAUAAUUCGGUUCGAGAUUACAAUUGGUUAGUAAGGAACAAAUCAACCAAAGGCUAUGAGCAGGACAUUUUCUUGUUUUCAUUUCGUGACGGUGCUGUGUAUUAUAAUGAACUGGAAACAAGAGUUUCACUCAAUCGACGGAAGACGAAACGAGCUCGGAAACUCAUUGUAAUAAUACAUUCUUUGUGUAAGGCUGUUAUGUUUGUUUUUCAGCAAGAAACGAAGUUGAUGGUGCGCAAUCGUGCAUAUGAUGACAGUGAACUCUUCAGUCAGCAGGAGCGAUUAAACAAUUUGUUACAUCCAUACGAUGAAAAAGACGAAGGAGGUAAAUUCCUAUAUUUGCUAGCUUCUGUUGUAAUGUAUUACUGUAGAAACAGCGACAUUUGGGCAGCUUUCGAAGAUUUAAUGCUUGAGUAG